AGCUGAUUUAUUCGGAUCAAUGCAGGAGCUGACCAUAUCCUACCCGAUCCAAAUAAUAACAACCCUACUAGUGUUUAUUAGCCUUUUCUCUUUUUACUCCUGCUUCUUCUUUCGCCGGUGUUCAGUUCUCUGCUUGGAGAAAUGGCUGAAGAAACAAAGGCAGAGGCUAUUAUCCCUGAAUCUGUGUUGAAGAAAAGGAAGAGAAGUGAGGAGUGGGCUUUGUUAAAGAACCAAGAACUGAAGGCAAAGAAGGAAAAAAAUGCUGAAAAUAGAAAGAUAAUCUUCAAGAGGGCUGAGAAAUAUGGCAAAGAAUAUAGAGAACAGGAAAGAGAGUUGAUAAGAUUGAAAAGAGAGGCCAAAUUGAAAGGAGGAUUUUAUGUUGAACCAGAAGCCAAACUACUAUUCAUCAUUCGCAUCCGUGGUAUCAAUGCAAUGGAUCCAAAGACAAGAAAAAUUUUGCAACUUCUGCGUCUAAGACAGAUAUUUAACGGUGUGUUCCUCAAAGUGAACAAAGCAACCAUGAACAUGCUGCACAAGGUUGAACCAUAUGUGACUUAUGGAUAUCCAAAUCUUAAAAGUGUGCGUGAGCUGAUUUAUAAGAGGUGUUAUGGAAAGCUGAACAAGCAGAGGAUUGGUCUCACUGAUAAUUCCAUCAUUGAACAGGCUUUGGGAAAUUUUGGAAUUAUUUGCAUGGAAGAUUUGAUUCAUGAGAUCAUGACUGUGGGGCCUCAUUUCAAGGAGGCAAAUAACUUUCUGUGGCCAUUUAAACUGAGUGCACCAUCUGGAGGUUUGAAGAAGAAAAGAAACCAUUAUGUGGAGGGUGGUGAUGCCGGAAACCGUGAGGAUUACAUCAAUGAGCUCAUUAGGAGGAUGAAUUAGAUCCUAUUAUCUUUGCUUUAGUCAUCUUGGUUUCUGGUCUUGAGAAGAGACUUGAGAGUUUUGCAGGCACCGUUAAGUGUUGAGACUUGAGAGAGUACUUCCCAACUAAAACAUUAUAUUCUUUACCUUGUUCGAGUUGCUCCAAAAAUUCUGAUGAUGUACUAUUUAAUUACUUUCCAAUUUGCAUUGGAUAUUAGUUGAUCUACUUGCGUUA